CAGAAAACAACUGUUCCAACAUUCGUCCAUAGAUGGCGUUUUUUAUUUGAGAUCGUUUUCUGAAUCGCGGUGUUAAGAUUCUCCGGCAAUAGUAUAAGGGUCUAAAGAAUUUUUUUGAUGUUGGGGGACUUAACUUUGGUUAGUGGCCAUCGCAGGGUUUGUCCGGGUAGUCAACAGCCUUAGCGUGCUGAACUACGAGUGGUCCUUUCAAAAAAAAAAAAAUUGAUGUUGUUAUCAAUGUGUCACGUGCUAUUGUAACAUAUUUUUCAUUAUAUGUACAAUAAUUCGGAAUACAAGUGUUCGAUCACCAUGCAGUCCCCAAUUCUCCUGUGUUUCGCUGCUGUCCUGGCGUGUGUGUGCGCUCAAGUCAACCGGCUCCCAACGAAUGAUGAGACCAGGUUCUUCAACUUUGAACGCAACGCUGGCAGGGGAAGGAUCUUUGGAACACUUGGCAGUUCUGAUUCUGGCCUUUUUGGCCGAGGUGGCUACAAGCAGGAUAUAUUCAACGACCACCGUGGUCGUCUCCAAGGUCAGGCGUAUGGCUCCCGAGUGCUCGGCCCAGCUGGAGACAGCAGCAUUCUUGGUGGCAAGCUGAACUGGAACAACAAUAACGCUAGAGCUACCCUGGAUGUCCAUAAGGAAAUUGGGAGAGGCAGUGGUGUAUCCCUUACCGGUGACGGUGUUUGGAAAUUGGACAAGAACACUAGAUUAGUCACUGGUGGGAACUUCCAGAAGCAAUUCGGACAUCACACACCGGAAUUGGGCGCCCAUGCUGCUAUUGAGCACGACUUUUAAGAUCUGAGUUGAGAACACUGUCUUAUCAAUGGUAGAUAAGUCAUUAAAUCCAUUGAAUAAUCUACAUUUAAAAUAAUCAGGCUGUGAAUAGUUACAUUUUAUUCAAUAAGUUAUUCAUUUCAUAUUAUCAUUUAAAUUUCGUAUUGUUGUGUAAGUAAUUGCAUUUAUUCGCCAAAGAAUGAUGAAAAAUGUAUUAUUUUGUAGAUAAU